AUGCUUAUCCAAUCUGCUCUCGUGGCCCUUGCGGCUACGGCUGUUAGCGCUGUCAAGCCCCUCCAAGUUAAGGGCAAUGACUUCUACGACCCUGGCACGGGCAACAAGUUCCAGAUUGUUGGUGUUGGCUAUCAGCCCGGCGGCAGCGCCGGCUACAAGCCUGACGAGAAAAAGGACCCAUUGACCGACGCUGAUGCUUGCAUGCGUGAUGCUGCGCUCAUGCAAAUUCUCGGCAUCAACACUGUCCGUGUCUACAACAUCGACCCUUACCUUGACCAUGACAAGUGCGCCAGUAUCUUCAAUGCUGCCGGUAUGUAUAUGGUCAUUGAUGUCAACUCCCCCCUUCCCGGCGAGGCUAUCACCUCGUUCAACCCUUGGGAGAGCUACUUUGGUGGUUACAUCAACCGCACCUUUGCCGUCAUGGAGGCCUUUGCCAACUACCCUAACACCCUCCUUUUCUUCUCCGGAAACGAAAUCAUCAACGAUAUUCCCUCCGCCAACGUUACUCCGCCUUAUAUCCGUGCCGUUACCCGUGAUCUCAAGAACUACGUCAAGAAGAACUUCAAGCGCCAGAUCCCGGUCGGCUACUCAGCUGCUGACGUUCGCGAGUUCACGUACGACACUUGGAACUACUGCCAGUGCACCAUUGACGGCGAGAAGGAUAACAUGAGCCGUGGCGACGUUUAUGGUCUCAACUCGUACAGUUGGUGUGGUAUUGAUGCCACGUACACUUCCUCUUCCUACAAUGAGCUCACGGACAAGUUCAAGUCGAGCUCUGUCCCGGUUUUCUUCUCUGAGUAUGGCUGCAACCAGCCCCUUGACCAGCCGCGUUACUGGAACGAGUCUGUCGCCCUCUACGGUGACAAGAUGAAUGGCGUCUUCUCUGGUGGUCUCGUCUACGAAUAUUCUGAGGAAGCCAAGAACUACGGCCUUGUCAACCUGACGUCUGACGGCGCCAGGCUGCUCGGAGACUACAACCGCCUCAAGAACAAGCUUACGCAGAUUGACUGGAAGAGCCUCAUGGCAGAAAAGGCUGCCCAGAAGGAUAUUGAUGCACCCAAGUGUGACAGCAAGCUCAUCACGCAUGACGGCUUCCUUGCUAACUGGACUCUGCCCGCUCCUCCCGACAACACCAACGACAUGAUUGAGAAGGGUGUUUCCCCUAAGCGCAAUGGCAAGCUGGUGGACAUUAGCGACUACAAGGUUAAUCUCAAGGUGUAUGAUGAGCAGGGCAACGAACUCAAGGACCUCAAGAUUGUUGCCUUCCAGAAUGAUGAGGUCAACUACCCUGGCAAGGUCAGCACCGAUACUGGCAAGGUCAGCACCGAUACUGGCAAGGAGACGACGACGGGUGGCAACUCGAACGGCAGUGGAAACGGGAGUCAGGGCGAGGGCAAGGGCAACAGCAAGGAUAAUGCAGCUACCUUUGCCGCUCCCAUGAUUCUCGCCGCUGCUCUGCCCGCGCUGGCCAUGGUCUUUGCUUAG